AUCCGCCUCUAUUGCGACACAUUUUCGUCUGAGUCUCAGGUCCCAACUUUUUAAAGCAGCGGGAACCUGAGAAUAGUUUUGAAACAGGCCAACAACGAGAUUCAUCCCUUUUUUAUUGAUCGGCUGUGAAUUGGUAAUGGCGUCUAACCCUAACCCUAACUCUUCUGCUCGAUCCAUGGCAAACACCCAGCAGCAAUUACACCCAAUUUCCUCCCAACAACUUCCGAUUUCCCACCAUAAUAGACCACCACACUUUCACCCUUACCAACACACCAAUACCAUCAAGCAGCAACCUGGAGUAUUUCCAAUUCAAACCCAAGUGGGUAAAGUUUCUGAUCCGAUUCGGUACCCGCUAGCGUCUUCCGGGCGUGGAUUGCUUCCGACCCAAAAAGGGUUUCCUCCUCAAUUGCCCCAUCAGGGGGCUAAUUUUGGUUCUUGCCCCCCAAUGCAUACUUCACUUGCUGCUAAUUCUGCAUUUUUGCAUCCUUCCCUGUCUCAUACUCAUAUGUCACUUGCAUCUAUCUCUGCUGCUGCUACUGCUACUGCUACAGGCGUUCCCUUCAAUAAUAACACUUCUUCUAAGGUUGGUUCAUCUCCCUGUGCUACUCCUGACUUAAAUGCCCCUAAAGAUCUAAAGGACAAAAAUGCAGAUGAUAAACUAAUCACUAUUAGAGAUCGAAAGGGAUCUGUGAGUAUCAUCAGGAGAGUCCUGGGACCUUUAUGGCUAGGUCCGUGUGCAAAGAUGUCAUCUCUAGACACGUAUGAUCAGGCUUCAGGCAAGGGUGCAAGGUGGCCUGGUCGUCAGAAUGUUGUCGAUCAUUAUCUUUGGUGUUCUGAAGGCUGUUCGAGUGAUUUGCUGGGUUCUCGUGUUCCUUCUGGGCUGGAGCUUGGUCUUUGCUUGUCUUAUUUUUGUUCUCAUGCUCUUGGAUUGGAGGCUUCAUAUAAGCUGAGUCAUGCCUUUGACUCUUAGUUGGAUCAGAUUGAAUAACAUUUGGACUUGAACCAUGGUCUGAGUAAGGUGUACAUGGUUCAACUCCUCCUUGGGGAAGAAUUGACCUCAAUUCUUGAUCCUCCUUGUACAGCUGUAAGUUUCCUAUGUUGAAGGUGUUUGUGAUAUUAUACUCUGCUGGAAGUUCCACAUGGUAUGCAUUAUCAUCAAACUUGGCAUUAUCAUCAAACUUUGUGCAGCUUCAUCAAAUCCUCAGCUUGCUCAACUGUAUCCCUUUGUUUCCUGUCAUUAAGAUUAACAUGUGUUAGGUUUAUUGGCAGUAGGGGAUUCUCCCCAUAUACACUUUGAAAAGGUGAGUGUUUAGUGGCAUAGCUAGGACUUCUCUUGUGAGCAAACUUUGCUUGACACAACUUAAGAUCUCAAUCCCUAAGGUUCUUGCUUACUAGUGUCCUUAAGAUGGAUCCUAAUGUCUUGUUUGUGGGUGAUGGGCUGUACUGAAUAACAAGGUGGUGCCUAGCAGUCUCCAUAGGGUUCUCUAAAAAUGAUUGAGAAACUUGCUAUCUCUGUCAGACACAAUAGUUUUUGGUACCCCAUGCAAUCUUACAAUCUCUGCAAAGUAUAAUCUAGCUAUGUGUUCAGCAUCAUCAACCUUAGUUCAAGCAAUGAAAUGUGCCAUCUUGGAAAAUCUAUCAACUACUACCAUGAUAGAAUCUUUCCCCCUUUGUGUCUUAGGUAGGGCCAUGACAAAAUCCAUGCUUAAAUGUUCCCAAGGUUUACUAGCCACAGGUAAUGGUAUAUAUUCACCUUUAUGAAAAGUGAUUUUUUCCUUUAUGCAUGCUUCACAUCUUAAUAUGUAUUUCCCUGCAGUCUCCAGCAUUUUGGGCCAAUAAAAAUGUUCACCUAACAUGUCUAGAGUCUUUUGAAUGCCAAACUGCCCUCCCAAACUGCCCUCAUGCACUUCCUUAACUAACAGAUGCCUAAGGGAGGUCUUAGGUAUGCAUAGUCUGUUGCCCUUAAACAAGAACCCCUGUUGUAUGUGAAAUGUGCUUUGAGGUUCCUCUAAACAGGCUGUGUACAGGUCAUUGAAGUCAGGAUCACCUACAUAUUAUUCUUUAAUCAUUUCAAAUCCAAUCAUCCUGGUCUCAAGUAUGGCUAAUAGGUUAUGUCUCCUACUUAAUGCAUCAGCUAGCACAUUAGUUUUACCUGUUUUGUAUUUAGCUGAAAAAUUAAAUGCUUGUAAGAAUUCAACCCAUCUAGCAUGCCUAAGACUGAGCUUAUUCUGUCCAUGAAUAUUUUUUAGAGACUCAUGAUCAGUGUACAAUAUGAAGGGCUACAUUUUGAAAUAGUGAGACCAAUUCUCUAAAGCCCUAAUCAUAGCAUAAAACUCCUUGUCAUAUGUAGAGUAAUUGAGCCUAGAUUUGUUUAAUUUCUCACUAAAAAAGGCUACUGGUCUCCCUUUCUGAAUCAAGACAACACCUAUCCUAGUCCCACAUGCAUCACAUUCAACUUCAAAAGGUUUAGAAAAAUCAGGCAACUUCAGAACAGGGGCCCUGCACAUGAUGUCUUUGAGUAACUCAAAGGCUUGUUGAGCUUCUAAGGUCCAACUAAAGGUGCCUUUCUUUGUGCACUCUGUGAUGGGGGCCAUGAUAGCACUAAAGUUUUUUAUGAAUCUCCUAUAAAAAGAUGCAAGACCAUGGAAGGAUCUAACCUGUGUAACAGUGGUGGGUGUAGGCCAACUCUUAAUAGCUUCUACUUUGGUUGGAUCCACUUUCACUCCAUCCUUGCCUAUGAUAAACCCUAGAAAUCCUACUUCCUGCAUGAGGAAGCUACACUUUUCUAAUUUUCCAUAUAGCUUCUGUUUUCUUAGGGUUUCGAAGAGCUGCUGUAGGUGGUCAAGGUGUUCUGUCAAAGCUUUGCUGUAAAUCAGAAUAUCAUCAAGGUAAACCACUAUGAACUUGCCUAAAAAAGGUCUUAACACUUCAUUCAUCAACCUCAUAAAUGUACUAGAUGCUCCUGUCAACCCAAAUGGCAUGACUAACCACUCAUAUAACCCAUAUUUAGUCUUAAAGGCAGUCUUCCACUCAUCCUUCCUUCAUCCUUAUUUGAUGGUAACCAUUCCUCAAAUCUACUUUGCUAAACCAAUGUGCACCUGACA